CUGCUGUUGCUCUUUCCUUAGAUAUGGCUUUCCGAUUCCUCUGCUUGGCUGCCUUGAUGGCCGUAGCCGCCGCUCAAUGCGACAGGCUCAUCCCCGAUCUGAGCUACAAACUCAACGGGAUCAACAUGAACUUCCCAUGCGAGAGCACCAAGAGCAUCUACAUCUCGUCCGGCCGUUACGUGCCCAAGAACGUGAUCGCCACGAGGAUGCAGAUCUACAAGGAGGAUGCGAUCGUCGCUCUGCCCAGGUACAAGCACGGAGUUCCGUUCACCCUAGCCAAAUUCUCGCUGAGGACAAAGGGAUGCCAAGCCAGUCUCACCCCGUUCCCGUGCUGGCCCAUGCAGGAGGAGGGCAACUGCGACGCCCUGCAAUCCGUCGUCGACAUCUUCUUGGAUCAAAUGGACAUCCUCUGGGCUUUGGACGUCGGCAUCGUAAACACCUUGGAACAACCCGUCAGACGUUGCCCACCGAAGGUCGUCGGCAUCAACAUGAAGACCGGACAGGUCAUCAAGGUCAUCGACUUGAGCACCCUGAUCUCCGCCAACAGCAGGCUUCAAUACCUGGUCGUUGAUUACGCUUCCGACGGCAAGGCUUACGUGUACGUCGCCGACGCCGGAGCGGCCACCCUCGUCGUCUACGAUGUCUUCGACAACAAAGGAUACAGGGUUGUGCUGCCACCGGCCUGCGCCAACACCCAAAAGGAUGUCCUCUACUUGGCCCUCGUCCGCAAGAGCUGCGGAAACGCCCUCUACUUCUCGUACCUUUCCUCCCCGAAGAUGUACUCCAUCAAGUCCAUCAACCUGCAGAACGGACAAGCCGCCGGCGCCAUCGUCGAGGUCGGAGCCAAGCAGGAGGGAGUCAAGACCGUUAUGCUGGGAUCAGACAACGGCGCCGGCAUCUUCUUCAGGUACAAGGGUGAAUCCGACGUUUACAUCUGGAACAGCGAGAGCUGCUACAAACCGGAGAACUUCGUGAUCGUCCAGAAAGGAAACGAAUGCCGUCUUCCCACCCAGGUCGUCCCCGGAUACAAGAGACUGAUGUGGGCCAUCGAGUCCAACUUCCACGAUUACAUCGCCAACACCGCCGGAUGCUUGGGCGCCAACAUGGUCGUCCAUCCACUGAUCAAAACCUGUGAUGAAUAAUUUUGUAAACAAUUUUCAAAACAACAUUUUUUUUUUCUUUGCAAAACACUUACAUUUACAUCGUCGAUUGAGUCAAUAAAUUGAAUCCCAAUAACUCGCCUCAAUAAUUAAUCCAA